ACAAAUCAAUUGUAUUGUAAAAAGUAAGAAGUGUAAAUAAAACCAAAAUAUUCCAAUACUAUUUAUAAUAAUUUUAUAGUUAUAUUAAUUUCCAGUGUUUGCUUUACUUUCCGUAGCCUUAUUGCGUCUUGCUGUUCCAUACUAUAAAACAUAACUAGCUCACCUAAGUAGGUGGUAACAAAUGUAUUAAAUUAAAGCGUUGCCUUUAACGUAGCAAUUUCAAUGCGCUCAUCGGUGAGCUAUAUACUAUCACACGCCCCCGGAGAGUCGGUGAUGUCGCACCCUGACUACUCGCAGCAAACUCAACAUCACGCCUGUUUGUUGGUACUUGUAAAGGGUAUCGGGGGCGUACUGAAGAACUUCAACAAACUUUGGGAGCGUAUCCAGAAGGUACAUAACAUAAAAGUCACAGACUCCAAUGGACAAGUAAGAGAUAUCUGGGUAAGAUAUGUUCGCGAUUAUCCAGUUGAAAAUAAUGAUUGGGGAGAUUUUCAGACACAUAGACGACUCCUAGGUUUAAUUACGUUGAGUAAGUUCACAAAUCAAAUAGAACUGAAUGAAGUAUGUAGAGUCCAUGAGUCUCUCAAAGUGAAGUACUCUAACACUCUAUAUGACUCCCGAGCAUUUAUGUUUGGGCCUGGCAAUAAUUUAAAGAAACCUGAGCAAGAACCAGAAACUUAUAGUGCUACAGAAGAUGAUAAAUCAUUGAAGGAAAAAUGUAGCAUUAGUGAUAAAUCAUCAAUACCAGGUGAGCAAGCAGAUAGCUUAUCAUCAACUGAUAGUUUCCCACGUUCAUCAUCAUCUGCUUCAUGCAGUGUGCCUGAAGAGCACUUCACCACUCCAUCAAACUUUAAAACCCAUGCAAUGUUUUAUGGAGAAAAUGAUCCAGUGUUAGAUCUGGAGCAGCAUGUGGCUGACUUGAUAAACUCAUUGUUUUGGGUGGUUGAGUCCAAAAGACUGGAGAGGUCCAAGGAGAAAUUGGAGAAAGUUUCCUUGCUUCUUGCUCCGUUUGAGAAGAGAGAUUUUGUAGGUCUUGAUAUGGAAUCUCGCAACAACAAAAAGAGAUGUAUGGGUCGAGUUACAAAGAAUCUGGCAGAUCUUACAUUACAAGCAGGCUUGGUUGCAGAGUCUCUAACUUUAUAUCAUUCAGCUGCUGAAAUAUUGAAAUCUGUAAACGAUUGGCUGUGGCUGGCUGCAGCUAAGGAAGGUCACUGCGCCGCAUCCGCUAUUCUUAUAUAUCCGAAUCUAAGAAACUCAGCACCACUGCAACGCAAUGCUAGUCUUCAAGAAAAUUCACCCUACAAAAUUAAACCAUUAUCGUUGUAUCAAACAAACGAUCCAUUUAGGAAGUUCAAAGUUAGUUCUUCACCGCUUAAGUCCAAAGUGUCCAGUCCAGUUAAUCCACCCAGUGAAUUAACGCCAUCGUCAUCAGAAAGUAUAGAAACUUCAUCGAGACAAUCCGAAUCUGAAAAUGCUGAUACAGAAUCAUUAGCAUCGACCAGCGAUAUUGAGUACCAAAGCCAAAGAUCAUACUUAACGCCGGAUUUGCCUUCAAUUCCGAGGCAACCACAGUCACAGAUACACAAUCAGUACCUUCUUGGUGGAGAAGAUAUUGCUGAAAAAUAUCGUAUAGCAAUAAUACAUUACAGUAAAUAUCAAAAUGCUGGUAUCAUCGAGACAGAGGCGUGCUUUAAAGCUGCCCGAAUUGCUGUGGAGCAAAACAACAGUUUGAUUGCAUCGGGUUUCUUGCAGAAUGUUAUGUUUAUAAACCUCACUUUGAGUGAACAGGAGAAGAUACAGAGAUUUGAUACUCUUGCUGAGUUGUAUAAAGAAAUUGGUUUUCUACGAAAGGCUGCAUUCUGUCAGCGUUUGGCGGCCACUCGCCAUGUAUGCGCCAACAACCCAAACCCAGAUUGGCAGCGAUGUUAUUUUCUCAUGCUGCACAGUUUUCCAGGACAUAAGCUUAGCUUAGAUCCUAAUUAUGUUAUACAACAUCAAGUUGGCUGGCCAGUGCUGCAGAUCCAGCUGCUGCAGGAGGUGGUGGUGGCGGCGCGGCGCAUGGGCCACCCCGCGCUGGCCACGCGCCACAUGACGUUCCUGCUGCAGGCCAUGUGGCCGCACCUGCGCGCGCACGAGCAGCGCGAGCUCGCCAUACAGCUGCAGGCCCUAUCUGCGCAAUGUGAAGGUGGUCCAGUGCCUCUUGUACUGGAGACAGGCGAGGUGAUCCCGCCCGCUAACCUCACGCACGUGCCGCACUGCUCGCACUUUGCCCCUCGGGCUCUGCCCCCAGCUAGAACACCGCAUCUCAUUAAAUCCAAGCCACAGCAAGGACCUUUCAUAUUCACACCGAUACACUUUGGCAGUUUGGAUAGAAAGGCCAAGAAAGAUGAGGGAAAGAUGGAAUACUUAUGGGUAGAAGACGACAUAUGCGAAGUCCAAUUAAAACUGACAAAUCCAUUACCGUUCGAACUGAAAGUAUCGAACAUGCGCCUCCUCACAUCCGGCAUAGUGUUCGAAUCAAUACCAGAGACAAUAAUUCUGCCUCCAGACUCACCUACAACCGUUAAUCUGCACGGCACUCCCAAAGAAAUAGGGGAGUUGCAAAUUCUCGGCUAUUCCACACAUACAUUGGGAGUAAAGUCGAAUUGUAGGCUUAAAAGUAUGCCAAUGCCGAACAAAUUUCCCGCCUCUUUUACAAUCGAUGUGAUUCCUAGUUUGCCUACAAUCACUAUUGAGACGGUGGUCGCUCUCUCUGGGAACAUUUUGUCCAAUAUGGAAACUUCUGGAAGCGUCACCAAUGUGUCGCUGUAUAAUGGAGAGAGCACGGAAUGCGCUAUUAAGAUUACUAAUACGAGCAACGUGCCGAUUGAAUACUUAGAUUUGUCUAUACAGUCAAACAUGGACAGCCAACUACAAAGCAAAGUGUUCCAAUGGUCCAACGACGACGUUCAGUCGCAGCUGCCGAUCCAACCCAACGACGUAGCGACGAUCGCAAUGAAACUGUACGGCGAAGCCGAUUUCCUAGAUCUAGGCGGCUGUGAUAACCUAUUCCCCAAUAGCCUGACGUCAAACUAUCCGUCUCGCGUUGGAUCGCCGGUGCCGAAUGCGCACGCGUCGUUGCCGACGCAGAGUUCGAACCCGCAAAAUUCGUUGAGCAGCGGACUUAUUAACAGAACCUCGGGGAGUUUCAGAUCUACAAAUUCGCAAACGACAAGUUGGUCUGCGCCGUUAUCGGUGAUGCCACCUUCGAGAGGGCGGCAAGUUGAGGCUCAGAUGUUAAUAAGAUACGCGGGUGGUGCGGGCACGGAGCACUGCCGCCAGUCCACGCUGCAGCUGAACCUGGAGCUGCUGCCCAGCGUCUCCAUCACGCACUGGGACGUGUUGCCCGCUGAAAUCCCAAGUCAGCUAUACCUAGUAUUGGAUAUAACGAAUUUGACAACAGAAGAGAUGGAUCUCCAUUACACGGAUAACAAACACAUUCUCAUAGAGAGCAAGGAGUCUUGCCGAGUGCCAGUGCCGCUUGAUAGGUGCCCAUUUAAUUCUACGCCAAAAUCAGUAAAUGAAGAUACGGUAGAGUCCAAAUCAAUAAGCACUGGAGCUUCGUCGAACUGUCUAGAACUGAUGUGCUCAGAACACAUCACCAACAAUGUGGAACUCCGCUGGAACAUGUUGCAGUCCAACAUCUCGGGACGGGCUUCAGUCAAGGGCAUUACACUGUCUCAAGCCAUGAUUGAUAUUGUUAGAAUGUCUCCAUUGAAUUGGGAGGUGAGCAUAAACAAGCAGUAUAUAAAGCCGCAAGAGGAAUACAGCUGCAACGCAGGAGAAUGUCUGUCUCUCGGAGUCGCCAUUUGGAAUCAUCUAACGCGCCCACUGCACAAACUCUGCUUAUCUGUGCAGUUCUACCAAGAUUACAAUAAUGGCGUGCUAAAUUAUAAACUGGAUAAUUCUGUAGCAACUGCUGGCAAUAAUAAAGUGAUAUUGACAACACUAGAAGAAACAGCCAAAGCGUACCACGAGUGUACCGUCGUAUUUUUAACUCCUGGUGAAUUCAAAAUUGACAUUCAAUGUUCUACCACAGAACCGUUGGCAGACGACCCUAGUGGUAUUAGAGAAAUCGAACACCCCUCGAUCACACCGCCUGGCGGGGAAAUAAGUCACGUUUGGAGGUUCAUACCACCUGUAGCUAUAAGUGUUACUGAUUAAAUUAUUAUAUAAUGUAUUUAAAUAACUAUUAAAUUAUAUACUUUAAAGAUUUUCU